GGGCGGGGCGCGCGACGGCUGCAGGGGGACGUGAGGCCCGUGAGGUCCGUGCGGCGGUGGCGGGCGCGCGGCACGAGGAGCGUGUGGCGUGGCACGGCACGGCACGGCGGGCGGGGCCGGCCGGCUGGAAUGGGCCUGGCUGCGGGAGUGAAUAGCAGCGGGAGUGAAUGGCAGCGGGGAUGGCGGUUUCCCAUCAGUGGUGUGUCGGGAGGGCGGCAGGCAGCGCCGCUCUGCGGGGCUCCGUGCUGAAGAGACGUUUGUGUGGGGGCAGGCGCUGGCCUACGGCGCUGUUCCCCGCGGGCUGCCUUCCCGCGCUUUGCCGGGGCCGGCGGUAACCGCUGUGGUGGUUAUUGCAGUCAGCAGCUUUCCUGCCCGACCCAUUACCGGUGGUUCGCGUGCUGCCAGGCUGCGGUACCGCAGGGGUGUAUUUGCACGAGAUAAAAAAAGGAGUAGCAUCCUUCCCAAGCCCUGAGCCGUGAGAAGCUCCCUGCCCAGAACUGAACGGACAGCUGCAGUGCAGGGUGGAGGUGCUCAGGUAGCACAACAAAAAAAGUGGAUGACUAGGAGAACAGCCAUUUAUGAGAAAAGUUCUGCCCUGAAUCACACUGACAUUGGAGUUGGCUGAUCAUGCACAGGUAAGUAGACAUUUCCUUCUUCACAAGUUUUUGGUUUUUUUAUUUAUUUUUUAAAUCCUGUUAAACACAUGUAACCAAUAGCUUUCAUCUUUCCCAUGUGCUUUCAGAAGCAUCUGGUCUGUGAGACAUUACUCUAGCUGACAGUUCCUAUUUUUCAGAAGCACUCAUACAAACUUUCCAGUUCAUGCCAGCCUGACAGGAUGCUGCCGCUGCAGAUGCAAGCAGACCAUGACCUGGGACAUGCAGAGCUUCCACUGAUGCAUUCAGUAAACCCAAUAGUGUAGUUUGCUCCUGCUCUGUGCUAGAUUUGAAAGUAGGAUUGUGUCCCCGUGGUCUGUUGUAUGUCAGCUACUUCAGCCUGAAAAUAAGCAGUAUGUUCCAUUAUCAAGCCUCAGAACACAGUGUAUUUCUUUAGCAUAAAAAGCUGCUCUGAAGUGCAAUAGGACUAGACAGGAAAUGCUUGCAACAUCAGAAGUCAGAUUUUAUUCAAUCACUCUCAAAACUGCAGUUUAAUUUGCAUUUUAAGAAGGUGUUAAGUAGUGGCACACAAAUUGAAACAGGACCAGCUAGAACAUAAACUUGGAACACAUCAGCUACUGCUGUGUAACUGCCCAAAUCUUUACCAAGGGUAAUUGUAAGAAUGUCCGUUUUUUUUUGUCAGAGUAAGCCAAAUUGAACUUAGAGCUAGGUUAGAGCACAUCUGUUUCAUGACAGUUGUCUGAACACGAUACACUGAAAUGCACUCAAGUUCACCAGUUCAUUGGCAAUAUUGUUAUGAGGCUAUGUUGCAAUUAACCAUCACCAGUGUUGUAGUAGGUGUAGUUUACCACACCAGCUGGUAAAGCUGUUAAAAAAAAAAAAAACAAAAAACUCAGGACCCACUUCCACCUUUGACUUCAGUACAUCUCAAGAUGGGUUUCUGUUUGUUUGAAUAAAGGCAGCCUGAAUACCGGAACUCCCAACAUCAUCUCAUAAUCUUUGCUGCCAGUUCCAACAGCAGGUUUCAAAACACCAUUAAGUUCUGCAACUAAUGAAGCAAUACUACAAAAAAGUGUGUCCUUUGAGAUUCAAGGGCUUGCAUUUACUUGCAGUCUCAAACGUAUGUAUUAUUUCCACGGACCACUUCUCUACAUAGGAGAGUGACAUGCAAGCAUACCUGCAUCCCAUGUCUGUUGGCUUUGUCCUUUUGCUGCCGUGUCUGGUUUUGCCAUUCCAACUGUCCAUAUCAUAGCAGCUAGAAGAAAGAGAGCAAGUUAUCAGCUGCUUAGGACACUAGUCACUGUAUCUCAGAGCAGUUAAGUAUUUAGCUAUUGAUGAAAACAUAAGCACUUCCCCCUGUAAAUGCUACUGGCCCUCAGUUUGUUUCCCUAGUUCCUUAGAAGGAGAGGUCAGAGCAAGUUAAGACAGUGCAUCUGUUCAAUUUUUAAGAGUCUCGGAGCACAAGUCAUUAUUGUCUUCACUAUAGGCUGAAGAAAGCAAAAAUACAAAACAAGGGUCCUCAUCUCCUUUGUUCAACUCCUGGUUUCUGUCUCCUCUGUUCAGAGGGAACAGUUGCACAGCAAAUGAUGCUAGUACAAAUGUAACCAGAGGUUAAGUUGGAUGGUGUACUCCUCCUCUUCUGCUAAAGGUAAACCACACAAGCAAAGGAGACAGUGGAGCUCAGUGCCAGUUUUCUCUCUGCCUUUUCCUUUGUUGUUAUUUUUCCUGUCAAAAUAUGGGCAAUUUCUGUUUUGGUUCCAAGAACAACUGAAGAAUGUUUGUGAGUUUAUUCUUGAGAUCCCUAAUUUAAGAAGGGAUACAAGCCAUUCUGAGAUCAGUGGAAGGGAACUCAAAUCAACUUUUUAUUUAAGUGUACAUCAGUCUUCCUGUUUUCACUGAGGCUAAACUAAACUAACAAACAAAAGAGCCAAGGCAAACAUAGUGUCUGCUAUUUCAUUACAAGUUCAGCCAACGUGAUGUUUUUACAUCUAGAGAUAUCCAUGGAAUGUGGUCUUGCAAUGGAGACACUGAUGUUCUGCACCAGAACUUGUGGUUCAGUAUUUAUUAUUUGCUGAAUCACAUUCUCCUUUAAGGAAACUCUUAUACGUUAACUAAAACAUCUGGGAGACUUCAUCUAGGUUGUCUUGGGCCAAUCUAACAGAAUCUCAAAUGAAAUGGACUUAUGUUUCACUUCCAUUCCAAGCUGAAGCCUCUACUUAGAGCACAAAAAACCGUAACAGCCAAGUUGUAGGCACCCCCAGCAUGGCACCCAAUGUUUGGAAAUACCCUUUCAUCUUAAAGAUGUAAUGGAAGUCAUUGAGGUCCAUGAAGCACUUGAGCCUCGAUCCUGGGAGUCCUAAGUCUCCCAUCUUCUACCUAACCUAAUCUUAAGCAUACAAAUGCCUUUGUGGAUAAGGGCACAGGACAUGAUCACAGCUAAGUAGCCUACAAAAGCCAGCAAAGGGAUGACUGAUUUUGUUUGCAGAACAAUAUUUUAAUAGAGCCACUUGAAGGGAGCAGCCACACAAUACAAAAACAAAGCAAGGACAUUCUAAGCACUCUCAUCUGUACUGUGCACAGAAGAGAAAGCUACAGGAAAAGAUGGAACCUCUUUAAACACUUAAGGUACGUCUGUAAGGUAUAUGCAAAAGGAAUAUGGGUACUGAGAGGGCAUCAUCUAACUGAAUAACUUUGCAAACACUGCUGUCCACACAAAGCUUUUGUAUGCAGAACAAAGAGGCACGUUCUGGAGUGUAUUCAUGGAAAGACAAACUGACUUUUGAACGCUUCAGCUUCACAAGGCAAACCUGUCCCUGCUGCAGCUAAUUACAGUUAAUACCAUUAUAAGUGAUAAAGAAGGCCUGCCACAAACAGCGUGUUAUAGGACAUAAAUGCACACCAAUCUGAGGGCAAGGAAGUAACUAAAAUAGUGCUUAUUGAUUUGACACAGAAGAAGGCUGCAAGUUUAAUGUGGUUAAAAACAUUAAUAUUCUAAUCUUACUCACAGGAAUAUAUUAAUGCAGGAAAAAUGGGUUCGUUUCUUUCCUGUGCAGUUUCUACCAGCAUUCUCAGUGGCCCCUUAGGACAGAGAACAGCAAUCAGAUCUGCAAAGAGAAAGGGGCCAGACAAUCUCAUCUUAAGCUGUAGCACAUUUUACAUUCCUAAUACUUGGAAAAACUAUUCCUCCCUCAUACUGGCAUCUGUCAAUACUUACUGGAUGACUUCCUGAAUGGAGUUUUCUGCCACACUGUGAAAUUCUAGCUGCUAGUCUCUAAAGAUGUGUUUCACUUAAAUAUCAUCCUCAAGGCUUAAUAUAACAAUAAGAAUUUUCAUUGUGUAAAUACUUAAAAAAUAAAAAACCCUCUUGAGAGCACAUUGUUUCUAUGAAAGUAGAUGACCAGAUUACAUAAAAUAGUUAAUUUAGAGAAGGACUGAGGGUACUUCAUGUUCUACAAUCUGUUACUACAUACACCAAGUCUAUUUUCCAGGUGAAUCAAGCCCUUUGGUCCAAUUCCUCUUGGCUUACUCUCUCUCUCUGUCAUAGCUCCUCACCAAUCUUAAUGUUACCUUGCAGAUACCUCCUGUUCUGCAGGUUCCCUUCAGACUUUUAACUCAUACCAAAAUCUCUGAUUUCUUCAUAACUGGUAAUUGAAGCCUGCAAGACUAUCAGGUUGCUACUGAUAAAAAUCCAACCAUCCCUGCCAACCAAUUAGAUGUGGUUCAGUACUUCCUCAAAUCGGCAUUCCAGUCUAACGAAGGAAAGACACAGUAGAAGUACUGUAACUACACGAACAAGUGAACAAGAGACAAGUCAGGGAAUGAACUUAACUGCCCACCUGCCUCUUUCUAAAGCUAUAAGCAUGAUAAAAUAAUUUUCUGAAUUACAUGUACUGCCCUGAGAUUGCCACAGAGUGCUUUCUCCCUGAGCCUUGAGAUUCACAACCUGGACUUACCAUAAAUUGAGAUUGCACCUAGAAUCACCCAUGCUGACCACUCAGGUAGAUAUUUAAUGAAAACCAGUGCCAUCAGAGCACUGAUCAUAAUGAGAUAUGCUUGCUGGAGCUGCAAGGGACCUUUCCAGUGGAUGCAAAUCAUUCCAACAGCUCCAAAAUUCCAGAUGAUUAAGAUAACUGUGGGGUAAUCCAUGGCCACGUUGUAUGUCUUCAACACUUCACUGGAAUACAAGAGGGAAAUUCAGCUGAGCAAAAAAAAGUAACAAAAAACCUGAGACAAAAAGCAUCUUACUAGCUGGAGUUAAACAAGCGUCCUAUGACACCAAAAGGAAGCAGGACAGAAGCAGGCCUCAUCACAAGAGGAGAACCUGCUUUGCAACCAACUGGUGUUCUUAACUCUCUGUUCCCUGUGCAGGAGAUGGGCACCCUAUGUGUACAGACAAGGACCACGCUGCCUUAGUCCUGAGAGGAUUCCAAGGAUUUGAGCAGGCCAGAUUUCAAGAGUAGAUUUAACAUAGGCUAUAUGACAGUCUUUAGCUAGGAAAUCAAAUACAAGUAAACCCACCAGAACUAUGAUGUUCAAUACUGAAGAUGAAUUAGAAAUAUAUAAGCUGCAAGUUAAAAACUUUAUUCUUUCUAAGCUUGGAGGCAGUGAAAUGAGCUUGAAGGGAUACAGCUUGAGGAUAAAGUGAGACAAACCAGAGAACCAGCUUAGCACAUCAAGUUCCUUUGCACUUGGUUCUCAGAGGCUACACACAAACUGACAGCAUGUACUGGGAACCUCCACCUAACCAGUUUGUUGUGACACCUCUUAAAACAGUUGAAGGAUGUUGGCAAUUCAUACCUAUAUUUCCUGAGAGUUAUUAUCAAUGCACCUCUGUACAACAAGGUUCAGUCAGUUUACGUUAUGCUCUCUGUAUCACUUCCCAGUGAAUUUUGUAGAGCAUGUACUGUAAAAAUCAGGCAUUGUCCAUUAAAGACCUAGUCUUCAGGUCAGUUUGUAGAAGAGGAAAGACAUUUUGUUCAUGAAGUUGGGGGUUUUCUUUGAAGAGGUGAAAGAGUUAGUUCUGAACUGCCAGGUUACCUGCAACAUCUCUACUUACCCGAGAUAUAUGUAGGUGAAGAGGAACAGCAACAUAAAAGAGGACAGGAUUAGCCAACCAUGGAUGAACUAUUAAGGGUAAAAAAAGACAGUGACUGAAGGGGCUAUUCCUCACUGCAGUUUGCAGCUCCGCAUGCACUACUGACAGAACUUUGCAUUGUCCAACCUCCUUUUUUCACUUUACCAGUUUCCAAAGACCCUCCCCGCAGCUGGUGAAGGAGGAGACACAGCCAGUUGCUCCAAGUUCUCCCUAACUCUUUCAUUCUACAUUCCAUCCUUCUCAUCCACUGGCACCUCCACAGGCAAGAAUAAUACUAACUCAGCUUGUCCAGAAUUUCACACAGCGUGUACAAGAUUUCAGAGAAGGCAUUUGCAGCUAACAGUACAACUCAGUCCAUAAAUACAAGCUGCCAAAUUUUUUGACUGUGUGGAGAAUACUCAGACCUGACUAGCACAAGUAACAAGCCUUGUUUUAAUAUCCUAACAUUUGUGGCAAAAUAACACCCUGGGGCACAGCUCUACCACUGCUAGCAAAGGCUUCUGUACGAUGAGAUUGCUGCCAUGACUAAGUUGUACACUGGCCCGUGUGGUGGGUGCCUUAAUUUCUCACUGACGUGUGAGCACUUGAACAUACUUACAGAAUACGUGUGGAGAAGGCUCUGUCAUGAAUGCUUUACCUUAUAGCAGCGGUAUUUAUAAAGCACAACUAAGAACACGGUCAUUACAACGAUGACGCUGAUCAUUAUGAUAGUGUUCAACACUGAGUUCAAGAGACGCUGGCCCACGGAUGGGGUGUCCUCACUGAAAGGGGUGUAGAUCCUGUGGUAUAAAGCAAAGCCAUGUAAAGUACAUACAUUCUCUUGUAAAUAAUUGCCCUAAGAUAAAAACAUCUGUGUGUAUAUGUGGGAAAGAAAGGGAAAUAUGACUGCCAAGGGCAGUAAACGUGAGAUGUAUCCUUUGAAGGGGCCGAGCUCCAGUUAAUUAUCAACUAAAGAUUAGUUGUUUUUAACAAAAGCUCGUUCCUGCAGAGCAGCUGUGGCUGGCACAGCUCUAAAGAAAAACUCCUAGAGCAUAAGCGAUUAAGUUUGGGAACUUCUCUCCGGGCCACUAAUUUUUACUUCAUGCCUCUGGACCCUCUUCACGAUAAUGACAAGGAUACAUCCCAGGUGCUGCUCUGCAAAGGGGACCCCUUCUGUUCACAUUUUGUAGCAGUGUUGUAGGCUGUUUUACUCCUUUUCAUCACAUCCUUCCCCUUCUUCUUUGGUUCCAUUUCUCUACCCACCAUGACAAGUGCAGUUAGAGCCCCAGGAACACUCUUGGGCACAAUCAGCAAGAGCUAGAUGGAAUUAUGUAUCCACACCAUGAGUCUUUAGGAAACAAAAAUGUCAUCAGGAAAUGAGACACUCAUCCAAAUGAACAUGCUAUUCCCUGAUUGCUGCCAGCCACUGAGUGAACAGACUAGGAGUUAAGCCUAGGUCUCUUAUACCGCAGUAUGAAGCAACUUCAUUACUAUGCUACUCACAGGCUAAUGCCUAAUGACAGCACUAAUGAAUCAGUGUAACGCAGGUACAGAAAAAAAAACUUACUAAAAGUAUGCUGCGUUCAUCUUUGUAAGGUCUUGGUAUGCUUACACAGCCACCUUCAGCUGUGUAAAGGCUCCCCCAGCCUGCCAAGAAAGCACUCUGCGUACACAGAUGUGUGUGCAUGGAACAUAUGUGUAACACUAGGGAUCCUAUGUACUCAGAGGCUGUUUUGAAGACCCCACUUACAGCUGCCCGUUUUUCUCCGUAUAGAAGCGCACUGACUUUAUGGUGGCGACGACAACAAUCAUACAAAGGGUGACAGGCACAAAAAGCAUGAUUACAUGCUUUGCUCCAUAUUUCAGAGUCAGCUCCUCCUCUUCAUUCUCCAAGGCACUCUCUCUCACUCGAACAUCCGAGUCAGAUGCAUCCUCAUCAGCAACAUUGUUAGGGCUACGGCUGCUGCCUGUUUGCCUCUUCUGAAAAGAAAAAUUAGUAAAUAUGUAAGACUUUUUCCUUCAUGCUCCAAGGUUCAUUCCAUCACAUUGGCUGAGGCUUCUGUGGGCAACCACAGCACACCAACUUGUUCCUAAUAAGACGGUACCAACUGAGCAAUGCAACUAGAAAUUCCAUUACAGACAGGCUGCAACAGAGGCUUUAAAAAAGAACCAUGAAUAUCUGAGGGCCCCUUCAAUGCAUAUAUGGAGAGACUGACACAUGCAUGUGAAGGACAGGGCGCAGAGAACUGGGAGAGAAUAAAUUUUAUCUAAGGUAGUAUAAGCCCAAGCAAUUCCUGCUCCCACAGCAGCACUGUGCUUGCUUUAUCAUGCUGCUUCACUAGUGGUAGGACUAGAUUUUUUUCCAACACUUCUGGCAACACAAAAAUGCUGGAAAGGAUAUCCUGCAAGAGUCAUCUGUACAUCAGGUCCUGAUUAAAAGCUUGUAUCUUUACCAAAAGGAAGGAAAGGGGAGGAGUAUCUAUGAGGAGUAAAAGGGGGGAAAAGUCACAGCGGAGGAAAUAGAAACAGGCAUUACAGCUGCUGGCCAAGGGCAGCAGUAACACAGGCUAAAGCCAAUCCUAGAAGCCAAACUGCUGAGAGGGACUGAGGGGGUAAAAGGACUGCAUUUACCCUCAUAACCCACUUCUUCACACCCAAGAAGGGAGCAUACAUACCCUAUGUGUCUGUGCUUCCCUUGUUUCUGAGGCUUGCAGACCAUCCUGGUAGGAAGGUACUGGAGGGCUCUCUGCAGACAUCAGAGAUGUUCUCUCAUUACAGGGCUCAUCCUCACUGUCCGAGUUGUUCAUGAACGUGAUCAUCGUCGUUUUCACAGGGAGCACUCAGGAGGAGCUCAGCCAAGCACUGCACAAGACUGAGAGGACAAGGGAAGCCAAAAGAAAGAGAAACAGUAAAUACUGCAGCGCAAACAAGUGGAAGCCUGAAAAAGAGGCACAAUUUCAGCAGGCAGGCUGUGCAACUCCUAGUUGUUGAUUUUAUCUGCUGUCACAUCAGACACUACAAUCCAUUCAGUUAAAAUCAUUUGCAGUUAGGGAGAACAGCAAACACAGCACUGACCCAACUGGACCUGGUCAACUUAGCAUUUUUUCCUCUGCCACAGCUUUUAUAGUUUCUGCCUCUGUGCUUUGCCUCUCCCAUUAGCACCCUAACAUUCACAAAGGAGGUUCCUCAGUGCUUAAUAUUUGCUUUGCAUGAGCCAAACAACACUUCACUUCAAAUGCUGGCUGACUGCUAAACAAGUUAGAGAGCUCGGCUCUUGCACAACACUCCUACAAGCGUUAGCAGGUAGCAGAAGUUUCCUAGUAACCUGGAGCCUCAGCUUUACAUAAGCCACUAAGCAGGAGCUACAUGCUGUCUUCCCUGUUUUGACUGUUGAUUAACCAGACGAAUUUCAGAAGCAGUUCUUCUCUUUGUCUAGGAACUGUGGAGAAAAGAAAGGGAAAGACCUGAUCUUUAAGUGAGCUGCUUCUUUCCCACUCCCUUAUGUUGCUUUGUGCUUAAAAGCAAAACUACCUGGAUGGGCCACAACUUGGAGCGCAGAAGCAGAGGCUGGAAAUUUUUGGCCUCUUUCCACCUAUUGCUGUGUAGAAUAGCAAAGAAAGGAGUGGCACAGUGCAGAAAGCACAGGAACAGCUGGUUUUUGUUUGCUUAGUUGUUUACUUGUUUUGUUUUUAAGGCACCAGAGAGAAGAGGUGCACUCUGCCCCUGCUAAGGCUAAUACAGAACAGCCUUAGAGCUAUGAUUUCAGGAAGCUCUUAAGAUAGGUGAUAGCAGAAACUCCUUUUAUCACUUAUUAAGUCAGCUCAGCAUAGCAGCAGCAGUAAAUAAGGAUACUUCAGACACCUGAUUCUCAGCCACCUAUCCAUAAGCAAAGCCAGACCACUAAUCCAGCUCAGAGGUGGAAGCUGAAGAAGCCAUGUGACUUGGACACAGUCCCAUCUGAAUCAAGCACUUGCAGGCCAACCAGUAGAUUUCGCUGUCUACCAGCUAGCCUGAGAGGUCAGAGUAGAUGCCUUGAAGCUCCGUGACAGAUUCUUGCUUCUCAUUAAAGAAACUAAAAUUCACUUCAAGGGAUGGAAAGAGGGAGGAGUGUGAGAUUCCGCUGUCUCUCACAAAACCCUGAGCACAUCUAGCACCUUCAAGAUAUUUUAGAAAGCAAACUUCAUUCCGCCCAAGCAAAGAAUUUUCAGACAACUGUUCCUCCCCUGCCUUCUCUUCGAGCCUUUUUCCUCUCAUUUUGUUCCUCUUUCAGUGAUAAAAAUUGUACGUUUAUGGGAAACAAAUGCAGGGACAGCCCUGAAAGCAGGCCUGUCAGCUUUACAGCGAUACCAUGUUCUUUCUGAGCGAGCUCCCUAACUCCUACAUUUUUGUGCUGAUUUUUUUCUUACUGAGGCAGAAAUCUCCACUCGCCAGUGCUUAACACGCUAUUCCCACUCAGCAUGUGGAGGCUCACAGAUCACAGCUGAGAGCCCAGAUUCUGGUUCAGUUGGAAGACUUAGGCCUUCUUUAAAGUUGUACACACACAUAACGCACAGUCAUUCAAGCGUAACAUACUUCUGGACCUGCCUACAGGUUAAAAUAUGCAUGCCAUGGGAUUCAAAGUACUUAAAACUGUGAGCUGUGAAAUUUAAGUAAUUCUUAGAACUUCCUGCUAGCGUCAAGAAACCUGGGAAGGGAAAAAAGAUAAUUAGAUUUUACUCUUUCAUAGUUUGGGACCACUAUUCAGGUUUUAACAACCCGACAAAGAUAUUAAAGAUUUUUUUCUCCCAACGUUUAAGACACCGCAACACAACUGAGCAAAGCAAUGCUGCAGAUUUCAGAAGGGGAAGCCAAUAAGCUUACUUUGCACAUCACAGUCACGCCAUGCCCACUGGAAGAGUUGAGAACAGACAGCAAAAAUAUUCCAUUAAUUACUAAACCUCAUGAUCACUUAGAAAAAGAGUCUCAUGUUGUAAGAUGGGCAGACAUUUUUAUGCUGGACAGAUUCUGUUAUUCACUCUCAGAAAGGACCACGGCAAAGAUAUAACAAUACUUCCAUCAGCAGGCAGACUCACACCUGAACUCUGCUUUACCACCCCUUGUUUACUGUGCUCUGCUUUCAGCAAGAGGUGAAACCAUCCCCAGAGCAUUAAGGAUUUUGCUGGUGCCGCUGGCCCUCGACAAAUCCUUUCAACAAAUCCUCUAAAGUUGUACUCACAGCUGCCUUAAAGUGACCUAAAUCUGUGUUACUGCCAAAGGGGCUGUCCCACCAUCCUCAGCUUCUAGUGCAAACGUCAGGUGCUCAUCAGAAAUCCAGUUCUUCUGAAGAGACAACGGGCAUUUGUUGUCCAUGGUUUUUGCAGAGCCAGGUUUCAGCAGGACUGGCACCCACGCUGGCUCCCGAGCAGCCCCAGUGCCAGUGCCCACAGUAAGAAACAAGUGCAGGGCCAAGGAAGGGACUUGGAUGAAUGGCUUACAGAGGCGGGAACCCUCUGCUGCACCACUGGCCCCUUAUGAGUCAGUCUAAUGCCACCAUUCAUUCAUCCAAGCUACACUACAAACUGGCACCGAGGCUGUGCUGACUGCCACGCAGAGCUUUGGUUUAAGCAGUCUCUCCUUUAAGGAAGGAAGGGCAGACCUGCCUGGGAACUCUCACAAUUGCUCCCUGAUCGUAGACUGAGCAAGGGGAAAGGAGAGAAAGCCUCUGCCCAAGGAUCUCACUUGAAGAACGGGAAGGAAGCCAACAAAGCACCUGACAACCAAAACCACACACUCUUCUGAUACUGCUUCUUUGGAUAAACAAAUAGAAAAGGUCUUGCAGAUAUGCUUUCUGCCUCCCAAGGAUGCUGUAUCUAUAUUCACACAACUAAAGAGCGUUGUCUACCAAAGGACAGGAACAACAAGUGCCAGUCUUUGAAUUUACUCCAUAAGUCACAGGUAUCGGGCAAGGUUUUCCUCUUUCCCUCUGUGGACAGAUACAGACUGUUAGGACACAUUCAAAAACCAUAUGAUGUUUAAGAGCUAAAAGACCAAACUCAAAAAAAAAAAAGUGGCAAAGAUGAAAAGGGACAAAAAAAAACCAGGUCAGUAGUUGAGUACUGCUUUUAAUGGAGCAGCUGAGGUGGGACUGCAGCGAGUCCUGCUUUAGGCAGCCCUGUGAAGCUUACAGGGAGGUGUGAGUUACUGUUUGUCUCUUGGCAGGUAAUGCUUUGUGCGAGGGACCGCUUUCCUCUGGUGUGGUAAAAUAGCCUUCUGGAUGUCACUGAGACCGGGCCCACUCACACGAGCAUCAGAAUCCAGCCUUGGCCUGCCUUUUAUUUGCGUGCUGCUCUGCUGCAGCAAACCCAAAUCCUUCGCUUUGUGUUUCAUCCGGCAUAAAAAAAAUACCAAUGUAAAACACAGCACAAAACAGCUGCUGCUGCCUGGCAAAACAUUUAAACUCUCGAGCAGAGCAUUAAACUCCUGCUUAAACAGGCUGUUCUCUUACAUGAUAAUUAGAUGGAGAGAAGCGUUUUCCUUUGCUGUACUUACAUCAAGAGCAAACCGGACUGACACUGACAGCCCGCUGUUCUAAGUUUCAGCCAUAACAAUCGCUGCUGUUGGUAAACACCAAGAGGAGGAAAACACUUGCAGAAAGCCCAAGUGAGAAACAGGAGAAAAGGCUUCCAGAUCCCUGCCAAUAAACAAAGCCAGGACGUGCGUGCUGCUACAGCCACAGUGUACUGGGAACGCAGCUCCCAGCAGACAGGAUCCGCAGUUGCCAUUCACGUUUCGCUUUGCCCCAGAGCGCAAAAACAACAGAACCGGAGGUGCUACAGCAAAGACCCGAAUCCCUCUCUCUGCUUUGUAAGGCUCACCAACGCUCUCUCUUCUUCCCAAGGGCACGGCGUGCAGGCGGCGAGCUGUGCGCUGCGCAGCGGGCUCAGCGUCCUCGUCCAUCCGAGCGCACGGCCGGCCGCAUCCAGGCGCGCCGUACGGAGCUGGCGGCGGGCAGCACAACAGAAGGCUUACCGAAGGAAGACGCGAGCUGGAGCCUUACGGCGCCCCGUGCCCAGCCGGGCGCACCUCGAGCUGCCGCUCCCCGCGCUCAGCGACCCGCGGCCCAACGCCACGUCCCAGCGCCGCUCCGGGCAGGCGUACCGCCCCGGAGAAAACACAGAUCUACGCAGUCACUUCCUUGAAGGAUCUCUCACAGAUAAUGUGAAGUAUGCCAGUUCCUCAAAACGCUGUGUGACAUCCUGCAUCACAGCUUUUUGAUUUGGGAGAUCGCAGUGCCUCACUGAAAUCUCAGGACAAAUCCUUCAGACAGGCUCAGGCCCCAAGAAGUCAGCAGACCUGUUCACAUGACUGAGAAAACUUUGAGUUAAUACCGCUCUCCACUGCCUGAAGCCAAUGAUAAAUCAAUAAGGACUUCAGCUGAAUAAGUGUUUCCCUCCAGCGGUCCUGCCGAGCAGCACAGAGCGAGCGAGAGAGCGAAAAAAAAAAGAAACUUGUUCCGCUGAGUUCAACCCCAGACAGGCUCACAACUUCCUUCCUGCUUUCCUACCCCCUCCCUCCGCUCUCCUCCUUCUCUCGGCUCCUCUCCCUCUCCUCCUCCUCCUCCUCCUCCUGCUCCUCCUGCUCCUCCUGCUCCUGCUCCUCCGGCUCCUCCUGCUCUCCCCGCCGUUCCGGCCGCACGACGAGAGGGCUCCGCGGUCGUCCCGCGGACCUGGCCGCAGCGCGGAGCGGGGAACGCGGCGCUCCCGGCCCCGAGGGGCGAUAUAACCGCGGGGAGCGCGGGGCUCCGGCGGCGCAGCGCGCCCGCGGAGAUGGCUCCGGCAGCACGCUGCGGCCGGCGGGGCGGCGCGCACUGAGGCGGGCGCGGAGCCUGCGCCAGGCAUCCGUUUUAUGGAGCUGCGGACCAGGACCAGCCCAGCUCCCCGGCUGCUCCCUGGCGAUGCUGCUGAUCCUGGCGUGGAGAGAGCCCCGGCAGCCCCGCUGAGCCCGAGUGCCGAGGCGGCGGCCUGCCUGUGCGCUCCGGCUGACUACUAUGGCUGUGUACUGCUAUGCGCUCAAUAGCUUGGUGAUAAUGAAUAGCAACAGUGAGGUGAAAAGCAGCGGGAGCAAGACACCACCUCCCUCCAGGCAAGCACUGCCCAGGAGCCCCGAGACAGCCGGCAGCUGCUGCCCACUCCCUCCCUUCAGCCCGACCACCGUGUCGCCCCGCUCCCCACGCCUCAGCUCCGCGUUCCUCUUCCCUCCGCCUGAGGAGCCCCCUCCGCAGCUGGUCAGCCCUGGGGGCCGACGGGGCAGCCGGGGAGGAGAUAGGCCGCCAGGCUCCCCUGCAGCACGGCGCCUGCAGCGAGAGCUGCACAACGUCCAGGUGAACCAGAAAGUGGGGCUCUUCGAGGCACACAUCCAGGCACACAGCUCCGGGGCCCACUCGCCGUGGAGCCCUCCGCCAUCCUCUCCUCGGCCUUCUUCGCCCCAGCCAUCCUCACCUCGGCCAUCUUCAUCUUGGCCAUCUUCGCCUCGGCUCUCCUCGCCUCGGCCUUCCUCACCCCGGCCAUCCUCACCCCGGCCUGCCAGCCCCACGGUGCCGAUGAUGGGGCUCGGCACAGGACCCCGGCCACAGGCCUGUGGGGAGAGCGAGGAUCCUGACGCUGGUGGGGCCCAGGAUCGGCCGAGCGUUGCGGGCCUCGUGGUGAUGGAGGGGCAGGCCGUGGGGCAGGCGGUGGGGACGGAGCCAUCAGAUCCCAGCCCGCAGCGAGGUGAGGUGGUGAUGGCCACCUCAGGACUGGAGGGCCAGUACCCAGUCGUUGGUGGUAGCAUUCCCGCCGUCAUCAUCACAGACCUGGGGGGCCCAGAGGAGGAGGCGGGUGCCGUGCCCCCCAGCAGCCUGCCUGUCCGAAAGCUGUCCUCAUCAUCAGCCUCGUCCACCGGCUUCUCAUCAUCCUGGGAGGAGUCUGAAGAGGACAUCUCCAGUGACCCUGAGCGCACCCUGGACCAGGCACCUGCCUUUCUGCAGACUCUGGACCAGCAGAAGCCCCGAGUGAGCAAAUCAUGGCGGAAGAUCAAGAACAUGGUGCACUGGUCCCCGUUUGUGAUGUCCUUCAAGAAGAAGUACCCCUGGAUCCAGCUUGCAGGACAUGCAGGUAGUUUCAAGGCAGCAGCCAAUGGCAGAAUACUGAAGAAGCACUGUGAAUCAGAGCAGCGCUGCCUUGACCGCCUGAUGAACGAUGUCCUGAAGCCCUACGUUCCUGCCUACCACGGGGAUGUCAUGAAGGAUGGGGAGCGAUACAACCAGAUGGAAGAUCUGCUAGCUGAAUUUGACUCCCCCUGCGUUAUGGACUGCAAGAUGGGGGUCAGAACGUACCUGGAGGAAGAGCUGAUAAAGGCCCGGAAGAAGCCGAGCCUGAGGAAGGACAUGUACCAGAAGAUGAUCGAGGUAGACCCCGAUGCUCCCACCGAAGAGGAGAACGUGCUGCGGGCAGUCACCAAGCCCCGCUACAUGCAAUGGAGGGAGACCAUCAGCUCCACUGCCACGCUGGGCUUCAGGAUUGAGGGGAUAAAGAAAGAGGACGGCACUGUGAACCGGGACUUCAAGAAGACACGGACAAAGGAACAGGUCACAGAGGCCUUCAGGGAGUUCACAAGGGGGAACCGCAAUGUGCUGAACAGUUACCUGAACCGGUUGAAGGGGAUCCGUGCCACCCUGGAGACAUCUCCGUUCUUCAAGUGCCACGAGGUAAUAGGGAGCUCCCUCCUCUUCAUUCACGACAAAAAGGAACAAGCCAAAGUCUGGAUGAUCGACUUUGGGAAAACCACCCCGCUGCCCGAGGGACAAGUUCUCCAGCACAACGUGCCCUGGGUGGAAGGGAACAGAGAGGACGGCUACCUCUGGGGGCUGGACAACCUCAUCCAGAUCCUGACAGACUUGUCCCAGAGCGAGGACUUGCAUUAAAGCCCGCGUCCGACUCUGCCACUACCCAAACCUGCCCCCAACUGACUCCUCUGAACUGCACUACAAGACACUUUCCAACCCUUGCCCUUCCAAUUUUAAAGCUAUACUCUCCCUAUUUAAGGUGGUUUUGUUGUGGUUUUAUUUUUUUUUUUAGGGUAUUUCUCCCCCCUCUACAUGUAAAUACAAAGCUAACCUGCCGGAACAAAUGCUGAACUUGAAACCUUGGCUUCACAGAGUUAGUGGCAGCCUGGGAGGGGUUGGUUAGGCGGGCAUGUGCUUUUGCCUCUUGCGCAGCUUGGUUUUCAGGGAACCUUCCACCCAGGUGGCAGUGGAUCAGGGAUGCUGCAGCCGGGCUCUGUGGUGAUGCGGGGCCCUCCCUGCUCCAGCUUCAGAGGCUUCAUCCCAAAAACACCUCUGGUUAUGCCCGGGACCCUCCCGUACAUAGGGGGCAUGAGCAAGGCUUGGAGAUGGUGAAGUGUUCUUGGUGGGGGGUAUUCUGCAGCUGCCUUUGCCAGCACCUUUUGCCGUAGGAAACUGGCUGUGCUGAGUCCUUAAGAGUCACUAGAAAGGCAAGUUUGGGUUUUUCUCUUUGUGUUGGAACCAUCCCCUUAAUCCCGUGGAGGCUGCUCCACCGUUGAUGAGUUACUGCAGGGCCACGUGCUGGGUGCAGGGUCCUAUCAUGGCCAGGUGCUGGCCUCAGCACACCCCUGGCUGCAGUGGUAUGGGGGUGAUGCCAUGAGUUGCUUGGUGAAGAUCCACCUCCAGCUCUCCCCGGCAGGCAUUACCAACCCCCUGCAGGGAAUAAAGGCUUUGCUAGGGCUGCAGGGAGAAAAACAGCAUAGAGGAGACCACCGAAGCCUAAGGCAGCCAACCGGGUUGGCUGCUCUUCAUCUGGUGCACGCUAAGGGCUGUGCUGCUGUGAGGGCUGUGCUGCCACAGGGGCUGUGCUGCCAUCACCUGCUCCUGGCCCAGGACCUCCCUCCUGCCGGCAGCACCUCCAGCAUUCCCCUGGGGUCAGUUUCAUGACCAGCAUGUUACGGGGACAAGCAGCAUUCAAGAUGCCACACCAGCCUUGAUUGGCAAAGCAGGGAGGGAGGAGGCACCCCUGUGCCUUCCCUUUUCUUUUUGAUACGCUUGCAGGCUCCGCUCUCGGCCAUGAGCUCCCCAGCCUGCGUCCGGCCUCCCUGCUCCGAGUCCUGUGAAAACAAGCAGUUCCCUAUUCAGGGCGGAGGCUAUUUUUUGACUUCCUGGAACAUUUGAACUAAGCAGCUUGCUCGCAUCAGCGCUGGCUCGCUAAAGGUCAGCUAUUGACAGACGGCGGGGCUGAGCUGCAGCCCCAGGCCCCACUCAUCCUUCUGCAGGGGCGAUGCUCCGGGGCCGCCCCCUGGCACCGCUCCCUGCUGCAGGUCGGUUUCCGGCAGUGAUGAUGGGGACCAAGGCUCUGUCCCAGGUAUUGAGGUCCUCGAGGUUUGUUUCAGCCCGUAUGUCUCCAUUGGAAAUGGUCGCAGUGCUGCAGCUCCUUGUCAGGCUUUCGGGAGCAGCCCAUGCAGAAGUGCCUUACAGACGUGCCUGUGCUCCCUUAGUGUCACGGAAAAGGUUGGGUUGGUGGUUUGUUGUUCGUUUUUUUUUUUUUUUUUUUUUUUUAAGUUAUAUUUAUUUCAUCCCAUUUUAAUUGCACAAAACACUAAAACCUAAUGCAUGGAAUCCCUGUUGUUUUAACUGUCUUCUCGGUUUUUAAACCAUCCCUUUUCCAGCUUCGGAGAAAGGAUUUGAACAGAUAUGCUUAGAUAUGUACCAGUUAUUGCUGUACUUUAGCUCUGAGUUGCUCUUAUAUAUAUAUAUAUAUUAAUUUUUAAGCCUGUUUAUAAACCGGAUCCCUCACUUGGUGGCUUCAAAAGAAGCGAACUGUUUCUCUCAGAUGCCCUUCCUGGAGGCCGGGAUGGUUGUUGUGAGCUGCUCCCCACCUCCCACCUCCCCUUUGGACCAUUGGGUAACUGCUCUGGAACACCAACGCACAGUGCCUGUACCAAACUCCUGUAACGUUCCCAAUAAAGGCCUAUGGGAAGCA